AUGGCGGGUGCCAAGCGUAAAGUCGAAGCUUCUCAGGGAGCGACGCCUSGCACUGGCGCUUCAUCCUCAGGGAACAUGACCCCCUCAGCUGAUCCUCUCGUGGAGGACAACUCCAACAUUCGUAUCACCAGGAGUGCUCGGGCUAGCCGAGAUGCUCGUGCUCAUAAUAUGAAUAUUCCGAGCACCCCAUCAUCUACUAACAACGCCUCUCACAACAAUCUCAAUAAUGGUCGCCCGUCACGCAUUAUUACGCUGAGCACCCGCACUGCUAGAGCUAAUAGUGCCCGUCAGGCUCUGGCCAACAGUCUCCGCGAAGCUCAAGCAAUGAAUGCUCCCGCAGCCGAUACUGCUACCAACACUGCCAACCUUGUCCGUGAGACUCGCACCUCUCGAGCACGCGCUGCUGCUGCGGCCGCAGCUGGUUCCGCUGUGCCCUCUGCUCCCGCGCCCCCCUUUGCUCCGGCUCCAGCUGCAGCCGACAGCGUAGCACCGGCGAAUGUUCCAGAGACCCCCCGGCACAAGCGCGUCAAACGAACUCCUACCGUUGAAGAGACGCCGAGGACGACGAGGCAGUCUGCAAGACUUAGGGGCAGUCUCCAACCCCUUAGUUCCACCGACAAAACUUUCUCUAACUCUCAAGCUGAGGUCAAACAACCUGAUGGCAGCCCAUCCGCGGGCAUGGCUCCUGGUGGCCGGACACGGACACGGAGCAGACAGAUGGUCAGCAGCCUUAACCAGAAAACCGGCGACUCAACAAGAAUCACUUCCUCUCCCCCGAAAAAGAAUGCGGUAAGAAACGAAGAGAACAUCAGCCCUCUGGAUACCGUUGCUUCGCAGCUAUCGACAAAAGAUCAGAUGUCUGAAGUAGUUACUGAGGAUUUAUCGAAGGACAACGGUCCUGAUGACAUCGAGAACAAAGUGAACGAACCCUCAGACAUGGAAAGUGAGGAAAAGCACGAAUCCAUUACUGGCCCACCAAAGUCACUAAAACGGAAGUCUCCAGAGCCCGAUAACGGACUCGCUGGGGAGCUCAUGCGCUCUUCUAAUUCCCCACGCAAAAAGCCGAAAGUGGAGAAUCCAGAGCUGGACCGCGCGUUGGACCAGCAGUUACAGGAAGGCACCGAGAAUAACGAUGAUGACAAAGCAGCAUCGCAGUCCCAGUCCCCUGGCGACGUAGAUGCUAUUUCUGCCGAGGGCGAGGUCGAAGCCUCCGAGAAUGAUGCUCUCAAAGCCCGAGCUACUAUAUCUGUUGCUGCCGACGCCGAUGUUCCCGAUGCUCAGGAGGCUGAAAUUCCUGGGUUCUCGGCCGUCAAUGCUAGCGAUGGGAGUAUUGAUGUUGCUGAUGUUGCGGACAAUGAUACCACUGCUGCUAGAGAAUCGGCGGCAGGUGACGAGUCUCGUCAAAUCACGGAAGAAGUUGAAGAACCAGCUUCUGAAAAUGGUGUCGAAUUUACGGUGAACAGUGGACGAGGCCGGGGUCGUGGCCGUGGCCGUGGAGGCGGCAGCAUGGGAGCGUCCACGCGCGGCGGGGGAGUGCAGAAAGGGAAAGGAAAAUCCAAAGGACCAGGCAAAGGAAAGGGAAAGGGUAAAAGCAGAAAACGGGGGCGCAGAGCGGAUGGCGAUAAUGACCAGGAUUCUGGGCCAGAACCCGAGCCUCUGCGUUCACCUUCUCCGACUCCAGCCACACAGAAGAUGCGGGACCGCCAAAGGGAACUUGACAAGGCGUUCAAGAAGGUAGCAGCCGCCCAGCGACUGGCUUUGUCUGUGCUAGCCGAGCAUUCUCAGCGCAAGCUUGCGCGGGAUAAGAAUGCCCAUAAGAAAGUGCCGGAGUUUGACGAGGUCAACCGGCAACUACACGAGAGAUUAGAGAGACACAGGGAGAUAUUGCGCCGAGAAUACGAAUAUAAGGUAGCAAAUGCGAACCGGGUCCUUGCUCUCGAGAAGGAGAAUCUUGAGAUACAAUUUCGGAGGAAAGCGCGUGAAAUUCAACACGAACAUCUUCUUGCAAGUCAGGGGGCGUACAUGGCAUUCGUCGAGGGCCGUCGUGCUGCAGAGGAUGAUGAACACACUGAGACGGAUGAAUCUGAAACCGAGGUUAACCGUGGACGUAUUCGUCCGCCAGCCAGAGAGAUGAAGAGGGGAUACUAUUCAUCCUUUGUGCGCAACCCUGCUGGUGCUGCUCUGUACGAGCGUGCCCUGCAUGGCUGGGAGGAUUUCGUUCAGCGAGCGAAGCUGGGAGGGGACAUCGAGCCGCAGAUGAACGACAUGGAAGAAGCGGUACCGUUCAAAGGUCUCUCAGCACAUGAUGUUCUUAACAUGAUCAUUGAAGCGACGGGGGUGGUUCAAACGCGAGACGACGCUACGGCGGAGAGUAACAAGAUAUUCGCUCCGGUACCAGAGUCGCGGGCUGAGGCUUUAUACGCCCUGGCCGACGCCGCAACCGCUUCCCCCUUGCCUUUACCCAGAGCGGCCAUGACCCCACGAGCCCCAGCACACCGAGCUAUCCUCCCACAACCUCCACAACAUCCUCAGCUUCCUGGGAUCCAGGGUCCAACUGAUCCGCGAGCCUUUGUUCUACCGCCUCCAAACCCGCAGCGGCAGCAGCCGCGUCGGUUGCUGCCCGCUGGGCAAUUACCGGAUCCUUUUGCCGUCAGAAACGGCCCUCCCCAACUGCCCCCUCCUCCUGGCUCCAACUUUCAACGUCCUCCCCUGCCUGGCUUCCUAUCCGGACCUCCUCCCCCGCCUCUGUACUACACACACCCGCCUCCUCCGGGCCCUACGGGGCCGCCUCCACCAGGCCCUCGACCUCCCUUCUAA